GCUGGCCCCACCCCUUCCGCCGGCUGAGACGGCCCGGGCCGGAAGAGUGAGUCGCGAGUCGGCGCCGGGUUCUCCAUGGCAGCGGAGCGCGCAGGGACCAGCCCCACCUUCCCUCCUCCCGCGCCGGGCCAGGGCCGCCCCUCGGCGGGGAUGUGAGGAGCCGCCGCAGGGAAGCAAAGAGAAGCUGCAAGAGCAGUCAUGCUCCCCUACCCAGCAGCAUGGCCAAGUCAUUUCGGGUGCAGCCAGUGGAGAGGAAUGUGAAAUUGAUAAAGUCUCUUGAAAAUAUCGCCUUGCUACUCCACUGGCAACAUAGAGAACAACUUGGAGAGCUUUCUCACGGCUUACGUAGUCAGAAGUUUUCCACAAUGGACAGGCUAUGAGUAGAUGCUUCCCUAACGGCAGUAUAUAUUCUGUUACAUGUGGAUGGCUGUGGUUCCAAGCUCUUAUUCUACAGAAGUAAACUGAUCCCUGAGUCACAACUUUAUGGGUUCAGUGGCAAGCUGACUUUCCACAGUUGAGCUGCGGCCAGCUUUGUGAGAAUGGAAGAAUGCAAGUUCAUUUAGAAGAAAGUCAAAACAGAUUCUGAGCUCUAUCAAGAGUAUUACAAAGGCUCUGUUAUGCUAUAAACAGCAUUGCAUCACCCUGUCUCCAGUAACAGCAGCUCUUCUGUUCCAUGAUCGAUGUGACAGUUUUGAACACUUCAGUAGCUUACGAAAUGAUCCAGAGUGGAGGAAAAUAUGAUUUCUAUAUUGGUCUCGUGUUGGCUAUGAGCUCCAGCAUUUUCAUUGGAGGGAGUUUCAUCCUAAAAAAGAAAGGUCUCCUCCGGCUGGCCAGGAAGGGCUCCAUGAGAGCAGGUCAAGGCGGUCAUGCAUAUCUUAAAGAGUGGCUGUGGUGGGCUGGACUUCUGUCAAUGGGAGCUGGUGAAGUAGCUAACUUUGCUGCUUAUGCAUUUGCACCAGCUACAUUAGUGACUCCAUUGGGAGCUCUCAGUGUUCUUGUAAGUGCCAUUCUUUCAUCCUAUUUUUUAAAGGAAAAACUUAAUCUGCAUGGAAAAAUUGGAUGUUUGUUGAGUAUAUUAGGGUCAACUGUGAUGGUCAUUCAUGCUCCACAAGAAGAGGAGGUAGAAACUUUGAAUGAAAUGUCCCACAAGCUAGGAGAUCCAGGUUUUGUGGUUUUUGCAACACUUGUCGUCAUUGUGUCCUUAAUAUUGAUAUUUGUGGUAGGACCUCGCCAUGGACAGACCAACAUUCUUGUGUACAUAACAAUCUGCUCUGUAAUUGGAGCAUUGUCAGUCUCCUGUGUGAAAGGCUUGGGCAUCACUAUCAAGGAACUUAUUGCAGGAAAACCUGUGCUAAAACAUCCUUUGUCCUGGAUUCUGCUGUUAAGUCUUAUAAUCUGUGUGAGCACACAGAUCAACUAUUUAAACAGAGCUCUGGAUAUAUUCAACACUUCCAUAGUGACUCCAAUAUAUUAUGUAUUCUUUACAACAUCUGUUUUAACUUGUUCUGCUAUCCUUUUCAAGGAGUGGCAACACAUGUCUGCUGCUGACAUUAUUGGUACCUUCAGUGGUUUUCUCACGAUCAUUGUGGGGAUCUUCUUAUUGCAUGCCUUUAAAGAUGUAAAUUUCACUCUAGCAAAUCUGCCUGUCUCCUUGCGGAAAGAUGACAGAGCAAUCAAUGGCACUCUGCCAACCACAUAUGAAUGCUUUAAUCAUGACGAAGAAAGCUCAACCUGUGUAGGUGAAAUACACUCCAAUGAGAGUGUCCCCUCCAGGAGAAAUGGAAGUCUGGCAGCAUUCUGAAAAUGUGUUAAGAAAAGAACAAUUCUGUAACUUUUUUUUUUUUUUGGCUGUAAAAUGUCUGAGUUUGCGUUUGGAAGCAGAUGAUGUACUUGAACAAUAUGUACAGACAAUCGUUAAUUUUUAGGUUUGAUUAGUUUGGACCAAGAAUAGUGAUGGAGUUUUAAUUUGCCUUAUUUUACUUUAAAAAGACACACUGAAAUGACCUCAGUAGAUGGUUUGUUUUUGUUGCUCUUAAGUUAUCUGUGUAAACUUGUAAAUAUUUUUAAUUUGAAUUUUCCAUUUUAAAGACUUAUUGCACUAAUGACAAUUUUAACUAUAUCAAAAAUAAAUUGCUUUAAUUUUG